GGCCCGCGCAGCCGUGCAGGGCGGGCGGGCGAGGGCGGCGGGCUCGAGCCAGUCGCGGGCGGGCAGGCACCCGCGCGGACCGACGCGCCGCACUCGCGAUCGAUACGCCUAACCUUACACCACCAAAACCAUCACCAAACAUAAACGUCAACCUGUGAAAACGUGAACAUACAACACUGCUUACGUGCGUGAGACUAUAAUGAAGACAUGUCAGUGUGUUUAAAGUGUAGAUAGUGUGUGGAUGGCGAUGACGUCACUGAAGCAUGGGGUGAACCUGAGUCGGCGGGCGUGCAGGGCGGGGGCGAGGGCGCUCACCCUGGCCGCCGUCGUUGCGGUCCUGGCUACAGCUGACUGCAAUCCUAUUGAAAGUACCACGAAACAGAGUCCGUCCAUAACUGUCGAUGGGACUUCCACGUACCCCGGCCUCGGCUUCGGCCCCAUGGGGCCUGUGGCCCCGCUGCCCGGCGACUCGGGCACGCAGCUCCGACAGCAGCUGGAGUCCACCACUGACCUGCCGGCCACAGCCAGCGCUAAGAAGGAGAGGACCUUCGUGAUAGCGGCCUUCGAGUUCCACCGAGUCGAAACGCCUUUUCUCAUCGGCUUGUGGAUAUUCUUCGCCAGCUUGGCUAAAAUAGGUUUCCACAUGGCGCCAAAACUCUCGCGGAUGUUCCCUGAAUCCUGCCUUCUGAUCUUCGUGGGUGUCCUCAUCGGUGCCUUGCUGCUCAGCACCCACAGUGUCCACGUUCAACCACUUACUCCAGACACCUUCUUCCUCUACAUGUUGCCGCCUAUUAUACUAGAUGCUGGUUACUUUAUGCCGAACAGACUGUUCUUUGAUCAUCUUGGGACUAUACUGCUAUUCGCUGUGGUUGGAACGGUGUUCAAUACGCUAACCAUUGGUGCCUCGCUAUGGGCGUGCGGACAGACCGGCAUGUUUGGCUGCACAACACCUCUCCUAGACAUGUUCCUCUUCAGCGCCCUAAUAUCGGCCGUUGACCCCGUCGCGGUGCUGGCGGUCUUUGAGGAGAUCCACGUGGACGAGGUCCUGUAUAUAGUGGUGUUUGGGGAGUCUCUACUGAACGACGCGGUCACGGUUGUGCUGUACCACAUGUUUGAGGCUUACACCGAAAUGGGCACAUCCCGGCUAGUCUACACCGAUUUUCUAGCAGGCUUCGCUUCGUUCCUAGUAGUAGCGGUAGGCGGGACCUGCAUCGGGGUGGUGUGGGGCUUCGCUACCGGCCUCGUUACCCGGUUCACCCACGAAGUCAGGGUCAUCGAGCCCAUCUUCAUCUUCGUUAUGGCGUACUUGGCGUAUCUUAACGCGGAGAUGUUCCAUAUGAGCGGAAUAUUGGCGAUAACAUUCUGUGGCAUCACAAUGAAGAAUUAUGUAGAAGGCAACAUAUCGCACAAGUCUCACACAACUAUAAAGUACACCAUGAAGAUGCUGUCAUCGUCGUCGGAGACCAUCAUUUUCAUGUUCCUUGGGGUGGCAACGGUGAACAAUAACCAUGAUUGGAACACGUGGUUUGUGCUGUUGACCAUCUUGUUUUGCUCAGUGUUUCGGAUAAUAGGAGUGUACAUAUUUAGUGCUGUAGCUAAUAAGUUUCGAUUGCACAAACUGGAUAGAGUGGAGAAGUUUGUGAUGUCUUAUGGCGGUCUCCGCGGUGCAGUGGCCUUUGCGUUAGUACUUUUGAUAGAUCCAGCAGUUGUGAAACUUCAGCCAAUGUUCGUAACCACUACGAUAGCUGUUAUUUACUUUACGGUGUUCAUACAAGGUAUCACCAUCAAACCGCUGGUGAAAAUGCUUAAUGUAAAAAGAGCUGAAAAACGGAAACCUACUAUGAAUGAAAGGAUACAUGAAAGGUUCAUGGACCACUUGAUGGCAGGUAUAGAAGAUAUUUUAGGUAAACACGGUAACCAUCAUAUUAGGGAUAAGUUCAAGAGAUUUGAUAACAAGUUUAUACGCCCAUUUCUGCUAAGGAACUACCAGGGCCAAGAGCCAAAGAUAUUAGAGACUUAUUCAAAACUCGCAAUGAAAGAUGCGAUAGAAUAUAUGCAGAGAAAUGCAUCUACCAUCGGUAACAUUUCUGGUGCGGAAUCAAUGUCCGCCAUAUUCAAGAACUACACGAACACAAACUUCAACGCAAGUCCGAGUUUCAGUCAGCUGGAUUCGUCGACGUGGAACAUAGAUAUGCAAGAGUUGGAAUAUAAUCCGAGCAAAAAGGAUUUGACGGACGCGCGGAUCCACCAUUUGCUUGCUGAAGAGUUGUGCAAGCCGUAUAGACGUGUAUGUCACCGUCGUCUAAGCUACAGUCGGCACGCAGUGAACGACCGUGACCUCGGCACGCAGGUUAACUAUAAAACUCACAUGAACAUUCGACGUCUCGUUGGCGACAGGAAACACCACCAUAAACGUAGCAAACGGGGGAACAAGGAUGGCAAAAACCAUGUCACUUUCCCUGAAUUCCAGCAAAACGGUUCCGCUAAACAAUUCACGCACGGUAAAAAAAAGUAUUAUAGAUUAGAUUACAUAGACGAGGUGCUACAGGAGGACGAUGAUCGGGAGCCGCGACGCGACGGCGACGACGGCGGUAUUACAUUCACUGCCAAGUCCCUGCCUGGAUAUAAAGAAGUGAGCCCGACGUCCUCGCAUAAAGAGAACAGUAGCUCACUUAUUAACCAGCUGGCUAACCUACCUGGGUUCAACCCGCUGAAAGCGAGGAUAGUCAAGCAGUACGCUAAAACGCCUGAGGAGAUAUUGCCUACAGCAGUUGAGAAAUCCUUACCGUGGAGAAGGGAUCGAUCCACGUACAACUUCGUACCAAACGAGGAUAUUCUAGAAGAAGACGAAAGAAGGAUGUCAGAUGAUAAUGAUACGUAUAUGAUAGUAGCGGAUCAAGCACGCGUGGCAACCCCCACGGCAACGGAAACCAUGUUGCCGUGGAAACGAGAGGAAGGAGAGGGUUAUUCAGGUGCUUUAAAACAGUCUGAAUUUCCUUCCUGGGCAUCAAACAAAGAAUACUUGGCAUAUAGCUCGCCUUCGGCAACAUUCUUAGGUGGUAUAGAGAAGCCAAAACAUCCAAAAUCUAUCAUAGGUUUAUUCCGAAGAGAGAGCUCAAGUUCAACCCAGGCUGGAGACGCGGUAGCGUCGGACUCCGAAGGAAAUAAGCCGGAGUAUUCAAAGGGAGAAGGCUUCCCUUGUAAAGACCCGUUUAACCAGCCAAGACAAGGACCUAGUAUGCUAUCGAAGAGGAGCACUAGCCUCGGAGGGCCUUCAGUGCUUCUGAUGGAGGAUGUGGCACACUCUGAUCCACUGGGCGCAUCCACUCGACCUGCGAGCAUCAUGCAAGGGCCUCACCGUGGCCAAUGCCGGAGGGGAUCCAUGUUGGAAUUAACAGGGUCAAUGUCCCGCGACGCAAUCACAGAAGAAAAAUGUAGCAAAUCAUUACCCGAGAGUGAACGUAUGGGCGUGCGGCGGCUUCCUCUAGGCCAACAAAGUCUGCCACGGGAGCCCUUCAUCCGGCAACUAACAAUGGCCUCAACCCUUCUAACUAGCUCAUCAGACUCAGACUCCUCCGACGAAGGCACCUGAGUGCGCCGCCGUGGUGACCACGAUCGGUUGCCACUCCUUAAAUACAAGACACUUGAAUGAGUGAUUGAAACUCAUCACGUUUUAACUUAUCUGUGCUGUGAAUAUGUGGUGUAAAAAGUAAGAUUUGUAGGAUGCGCGCUAAAACCAAUGUAUAUUUUUAUGAAAGCGUUAUUGUAUAGGUACUUUAUGUAGAUAAAUGCUGUGUAUUUAAAUGAUAUUCUAUAUACUUUACAAUAGCUUACAAUAAACAAAUAUUCAAUGUCCUACUGGAAUCAUGACAAAAUACCUAUGUAAAUAAAUACCUCAUCAUACCUAACAUGACACGAGAAUAUCUAGGUGCAUUAUAGGUAAACUGUACCUAUUGCCUCAAAACUACAGGAUGUUCAGGACGACUACUUCCAUAAUCCUAUUUUUUACUAGAGCGUACGAAGAAUUUAAUUGAUAGUUAAUUAACUGUCAUUAGAUCCUUAUAAAAUUUAAAGAGAUGACCCCUAUAUAUAUUUUCUAAGAAUUUUAGACAGAUUGUAGAAUAUCCAGUCAUCCUAAAAUGCUUUAUUAGUAUUUGCAACGGGUAGGUAUAAAUGAGUCCUUCGUGUCCUUCAAUUAGAGUCCUAGUUUCUUUUAACAUAAACAAUACUCGUAGGAUACUGCAGUAGAUAAUAUAGCCGUCAUUUGUUUUCGACAAUCAGACCAAAGUUCACAACUUUGACAGGUAUUAUGGCCAUCUUAAGACAGAAUUUGUACAAUUUAUUACCGUGUACAUCCAAUACUAUUGUAAAUAUUAGGUAUAUACAUUUAAUGCUGUGAUUGUAAAUUGACAAGUUCGCGCCAAUUGAAAUACCUACAUUUCUCCUCACACCCCAAAGUUAUAUAUCUAACUGUAUUAAGGUUACUGUAGGCUUUUGACUGUUGUUCUGUUUAGUGUAGGAUAUUCUCCAGUUUGUAAUUUAAUAUAAUACUUAAGAUUAGAAAAAAUACCUCUUUCUUUGUACAUGAUAUCUAUUGAACAAUAUAUUAUGAUUUUGUUUUUAAAAUUCUGACAAUACGAACAUAUAUUAAAAUGCUAAGGAAUGAAGCGUAGGGAAAUAAUGAAUGGGGCCAAUAUUAACGCUACGGCUCUGUUAAGUUACCUUUUUAAAUGGUUCUCACAAUGGAAAGAUCUGGACAAGUUUCGUGAGUCUCAUAUUAUACUACAAGUCAGCUAAAAUGUCGUAAUUAUUUUUAUAGCUUUUAAAUUUUGUUACAUUUUUAUAUAAUAUUUGUGCUCUUUAACAUUGUCAUAACGUUUUUAAGUUGUGAAUUGUGAUACAAUUCUAAUAUAAAUAGUAAAUGUGCAGCGAGCACAUUAUUUUACUGUUGCAUGUACUUAUAUGUUAUCAUCAAAUUAUUCCAGUCUCAAUACUUGGACAGUAUUAAUAAUAAUUCAUUUAAUUUAAAUUCUGUAUCACCUAAGUAGAUAAAUAAUUUCUUGUAAGUAUACUCAAAUGUUAAAUUGUUAUUUAGAUGCUUAACUGUUUCAUAUAAAAGGACCCCGGACCUAAAGUAUGGAAAAUGUGGUUUCAGUUAAAUAUCUUGAGAUUUUGAUAUGUUAUAAUUAAUACUUUGUUAUCUCGUACAAUAUCAGUCGAAACUCUGAAAGGGACACGGAAACAGUGGUAGCACCCCUAGAGACUUUUGUUCAGGACUCUGAAAUCUAUAACAUCAAAAUAUCAAGAUAUUUAUCUGAAACCACAUUUUCCAUACUUUAGUUCCGGGGUCCUUUAAUGUAUAUAACAUAAUUAUGUAGCCCAGUUAAUGGGUUAACUUUUAUAGCAUUAUCAGUUUUUUUAAGUGUAAUAAAAUUCUAGUAAAAUACUACUUGUUAUACUAUAAUUAUAUUUAUUUUAAAGAUGACGCAUUCACUGGGCUAAUUCACAAAAAUAGCAUUUUGUAAAUUGUAUGUAGUUCUUACUUAAGUAUAUUAGUACAAUAAUAGCGGUUAAAUACUAAAAUAACCUGUUAAUCUUUUUAAAGUAAGAUUUUUGGUAAUUUACCUACAGAGGUUGAUGGAUGGUUUAUUAACUCCCUAGUACAGGAGUCAGGUUUAAAAAAUCUGUUAUCGAUUUGACAUUGAUAUGAUAUUAAAUCCAUAUCAAAUUUAUAACAUUUUUGUAAUAAUCUGAAUCUUGUUAGGGCCUGGAAUAGGUAAUAUAUUUUCUCAACAUAUACGUAGGUACUUAUAUGUUUGAAACUUAGUGUAGCACAAUGCUUCCUUUGUCAAAGGGAAAUAUUUUGUUAGUACCACAACCAUUGCUGUUUUAAUGUAUUGAUUUGAGUGUUGUAAAUAAUCGUAUUUAAAUGUAUGACUGAUCUUUUCAACGAUGCGUAAGAGAAAAGUGAACACCCAUUAUACCAUCCGUUACUUUCGUGCAACAUUAAAGUAAAACUAGGCCAUAACAUAGGCUGACCACGUGAAUAAUGGAAUUAGUGAGCACGGAAAAAUAUAAGAACAUUAAACUAGAGAACGGUGGUAAGAAGUGCCAUAUUUGUUAAUUGUUCUAGAAAAUUAAGGGACUAAAUCCCUGAUUUUAAAGGAAAUAGGCUGUGUAUUUGGCCGAUUUAACAUCUAUUUUAAUAAAAGUAAUACCAAUUUAAAAUCGACAUUCAAAUGUGAGUGCUUUCAUUAAAGAGUGGUUAAACUCCCUCAGUGUGCGAUAAUCUUAAGUCAUCAGUGAAUUAAUAAUAAGUGGUAAUUGUAACAAUGUAGGUAACAUCGACAAUAGUGUAGUGUAUUCAUUUCAUGACUGAUUGAGUUGUUUAAAUGUGAAUUACCUAAUUAAUGUUUAGUAGUUAGUGAAUGAUAGUAACAAAUUCAAUUGAGUUUAUUUAUUCUUAAAUUACUGCGACUAUUUGAGAUUAAAAAUCAAAAUUUUCAUGUUACUAAAUCGAAUGAAGGGCAUAUUUUAAUGCAGUAAUAAAGAUUUACUAUGGUCUAUGAAAUAUGGUGUGUCAAUUGAAAACAUAAUAGUGCCUAGGCUUAAAUCUACACCGCUCAUUGUUUAAAUUGUAAAAAAAUAGUGGAUCAUGUAAAAAAUAAAGAUUAUGACUGGA